CUAUCCAAUAUGGCCGCGGUUAAAACGCAUCUCGAUAUCGGGUGCAGAUUUGACAGAAAAUACUUUCGUUAUGAUGGAUUUGUGAAGGGCUGCCAUUUUACCGAGUUUACGUAUGAAACAUGAGUGACCAAGUAGUCCAGCACUCCUUAGCCUCUCACCAUGAGGACAUGCUUCAGUCAAUGCACCAGCUGAGACUGCACAGCCACCUGUGUGAUGUCACAGUCCAGGUGGCCUUCCAUGGUGAGCUGGAGGAGUUUGAGGCUCACCGGUUGGUACUAGCUGCCUCCAGCGGCUACUUCAAGAACAUCCUACUGGCCCCGGACCCACCCAAGAAAAUAUUCCUGGGGAACGUCCGAAACACUGAUUUCACCAGGUUCUUGGAAUAUGUAUACACUGGCAAACUGGAGGUGGAUAAAGAGUUUGCUAAAGACAAGAUUGGUGUGAUCCGUGAAGUGGCGAUACUGUUGGAGUGUAAGAGCCUUAUCGAGGCUUGCAGCUCGGUUCUCCAAGCCUCGGUUCUCGAUGAAGGCAGCUCGAGUCCACACGGGGCUGAAUCGUCCAUGUCACAACACAUGGAGGCUGAUUUGGAUGAUGUAGAGGAGGAGGAGGAGGGGUUGCUGGGGAUCGGAAUAAACAAAAUUCCCAAAAGAGCCUCCACCAAGAGGCUGACCUAUCCAACAAGACCAGAGAGGAGGGAGAGGACGUUGAAAAGGGCAAAGGUCACGGUCACAGCCGAGGAGGAGAGAUCAGAGGUGAAUGAAUAUGCUGAGAUCUCUGGGAGGAGAAGUAACAGGCUGGCAGGCCGCAGAGUCUUCGUUGACAUUCCUAGGAAGAAGUACGUGAGGAAGAUGAAGGACCAGACAAAGACGCAGACGGAGGAUCUGCCUGACAACACUCAGACCAAGACAACCAAUCAAGAGGAGAAAACUGAGAAUACACAGAAGGAGGCAGGAGAGGCCCUUCCAGAGCUGCUGCCUGAAAAAGAGGGGGCAGGGCUGGAGUCAACAGACGUCGAUGAUGAGGAAGGAGAUAUACCCGAGGAUUGUCCUGAUGACUCACUCUUCUUCCCCAGCAAGGAAGAGAUGGUUGAGGAAGGUGCCCCCAACAGAUCAUCCAGACGUGACACCCAAUACAAGUGUGACAAGUGUCAACGGACCUUCCACUAUGAGAAGAGCUACCUGAAGCACAUCAAGACGAGCCACGGUGUGCAGGGGGAGGUGACGUACCGUUGUGACACCUGCCAGCAGACUUUUGCCAACCGUUGUAACCUGAAGAUCCAUCAGAGACACGUCCACAGUGACGAGAGACUGUUCCCCUGCGACGUCUGCACCAAGACGUUCAAACGCAAGAAGGACGUGAUGCGCCACCGACAACAGGUGCAUGAGGGAGGUGGUGAGCGGCACACCUGUCUUGUGUGUAACAAGGCGCUGAGCUCUAAGACAGCGUUGACGCUACACGAGAGAACACACACAGGAGACAAGCCCUACUCCUGCACUGACUGUGAAGCCAAGUUCUCCCAGAGCUCAGCCCUCAAGACACACCGCAGGACUCACACAGGAGAGAAGCCUUUCGCCUGUGACCAGUGUGAUGCAAGGUUCAGCCAGAACCACAUGUUGUCCUAUCACAAGAGGGCCCACACAGGAGAGAAGCCUUUUAUGUGUGAGAGCUGUGGGAAAAGCUUUGCCUCUAAAGAAUACCUGAAACACCACUCCAGAAUCCACACGGGCUCCAGGCCUUACAAGUGUGAACUCUGUGGUCGGGCCUUCGCCCAAAGAAACUCCCUCCACCAGCAUAUGAAGAUACACACAGGUGAGCGUCCAUACCACUGUACAGAUUGUGAUAAGCAGUUCACCCAGCUGAAUGCCCUCCAGAGGCACCAGAGGAUUCAUACAGGGGAGAAGCCUUACAUGUGUGGCCUCUGCAACCGUACUUUCACGGACAAGUCCACUGUACGCAGACACACCAUGACUCACGACCAAAACACUCCAUGGAAGAACUACCUGGUGGUCCUGAAGGACAACAUGGAGGUAAAGACUAAGAAACCCAGAUGCCCUGGUAGGAAGGUUAAAGUAGAGAAUGUAGUGGUUGGAGAGGUGGAGGGGGAGAGUGGAGCUGGAGGUAGGCUCCAGGAGGGGGCCAUGUUGGUACCUGGUGAGCCCAUCACCCUUUCAGCCAACUGGGGCGACCCAGGGACCAUCACUCUGGUCAGCCACACCACCCUGGGUGGGUUUACGGUCAUCCAGACAGAGAUUCCGGCAGGGACCCACCUUCCCAUCGCCAAUACAGACGGGGCCGGUGUCAUCUCUCUGGAUGGAUCCACUGUCUCUGUCCCCUUCUCCGUGUCCUCUAUCCCUGUCAUGGUGUCUCACUCCAUCCCUGUUUCCUCGUCGUCCUCCGGUCCCCUCCCUAUCCAGACCGUGUCUCUCUCGUGUCUCUCUGUCCCCGGCGCCAUGUUUGCCCCAGUUUCCGUUACGGAGACCUCCACUAUUUCGACCCCACCUGUGCUGGAAACUGCAGUGUCACAAACCAUCCUGGCUUCAGAUUCGGAAGCUGGGCCUGGUUCAGAGAUGACAGCCAUUGCGGAUCCUGAGGAGGCAGUGUGCCCCUAUCUCUGAGCAGGAGUGUGUUACAGUGCAGACAUCAGAACUGGAGACUGAGACACAGACAGUCUCCACUGAGGGACAACACAGUGUAACAGAGGACAUUGGUACUGUGGAAGACAUGGAGGUGUCCACUGAAGAUACUGUGGUGUAGGUCAUUGUGUGUAUUUGAAUGCACACUGAGUGUACAAAACAUUGACACCUGCUCUUUCCAUGACAUAGACUGACCAGGUGAAAGCUUUGAUCCU